AUGGCAGCCUCGUUUCUCAAAACCGCAAUUGUUGCAACAAUUGCAGCUGGCAUCGGCUGUAAUGCUGCCAUUCUGGACAAGCGGGAAAUUGCCCUAGGAGGUGGUGGCAAUUGGCACAAAUACAUUCGAUCCCCAGCUACCUCAAUUGUGAAGCCCGAGGCUAUUUUGUCGGCAAAUACCACAGGUGAUGUGGUUAAUCCAAACGGCUUGCUUGAUAGUCAUGGGUCUCCGACAGUCUUGACCCGCAGGGGAAGUGACGACAAAGUCCCGUCGAUGGUGGUAGAUUUUGGACAGAAUAUCGUCGGAAUAGUUUCAAUUAACUUUGCUGGUUCUACCAAUGCUUCUGAGGGGUUCCCAGGCUUGAAGCUGGCUUUUUCGGAAACUCAGCAGUUUUUGACCAAUACUAGUGAUUUCACUAGGUCGGAUAAUAUGCCAGGGGGCCAAAAACUUACCAAUGGCACCGAUCAGAUCGCGGUCUCAAAUGAUCCGUAUAUCUGGAAAGAUAACACUGGCUGUCAACACGAUAAGAAAGUGUGCUCAGAUGGAGUUCAUGGAUUCAGAUACAUGAAAAUAUGGCUCGAUGCCCUCGAAAACGAUGCCCCGUACACGCAACCAUACGGAUCAGUAUCCAUCUCGAACAUUGUCCUCGAAUGGUCUGGUUAUCUCGGAACGCCAGAUACUUUCACCGGCUGGUUCGAAUGCUCUGAUGAGGAUCUGACACAGUGGUGGUUUGAUGGCGUGUACACUGCUGAUAUGGGUACUGAUAUCUUCCUCGCUAACGAGACUGAUCCGAGAGACUCUGCCACACCAACACUGGAGGGCAAAGAGGUUCUCUUCGACGGGGCUAAAAGAGAUAGGGAUCCCUAUGUUGGAGAUCUUGGCGUUGCUGCACUUACUUCGUAUUUGUCGCAUGAUAAUCCCGACGCGGUCCGCAAUAUUUUGGCGGAUUUGGCUGAGCAUCAGCGGGAUGAUGGUUGGAUUCCCCCGGCUAGUAUAAACAACUAUACUCUGAAUCUUUAUGAUUAUCCUAUGUGGUGGGUGGUCUGCACUGUCGAUAUUGUCAUGUAUACCGGCGAUACAGACUUUGCAGCCCAAUACUACGACGUGAUGCAAAAGACGCUGGACAACUAUUAUGGCCAAAAUCUUACUGCGACUGGUGGUCUACUUAACAAGACAAAUGGUUACGGGGACUACGCAUUCCUCCCUCGCUCCGGCGUCAUCACUUACUACAAUGCUCUUUAUGCCCAUGCCUUGAAAUCAGCCGCCAGGUUGGCCGAUAUACUCGGCCAUGACACUGACCGCGAUACCUGGACCUCACGAGCCACUGAGGUCAACGAAAAAUUGUUGGCUCGAAACUGGGAUGCCUCUGUCGGAGCAUUCUACGACGGUGGACCCUGCCCCAACAAGCCCGGCGACACGAUCUGUGAUGUCCACGCUCAAGAUGGGAAUGGCCUAGCUGUUCUUGCUGGCACUGUGAAUUCGUCCUUGGCUACGAGUCUGCUAGACUAUUACGGCAAAUCCACUACUCGUCCCUACGGAAAUGCCUUCUACGACAAUGAUUCACUCCAGGCUGGAUUUUCAGACCGCGUAUAUGCAUUCAUUUCCUAUUUUGAACUUGCUGCACGCUUUGCUACACAAGGGACCGCGGGGUCCGCCUAUGAGGAAUUAAAGCGUCUUUAUGGGUGGAUGUCGACUCAUGAUCCGGAGAUUACAUUCUGGGAGGGAAUUGGUCCGAAUGGAUCUCCUUAUGAGGAUGGAUUUACCUCCAUGGCGCAUGGUUGGUCAACGGGUAUUGUGCCGCUCAUGAGUAACUAUGUCCUUGGAAUCAAGCCCACAGGCCCUGGUUUCAAAACUUGGCAAAUAUGCCCUGUUACUGAAGGUGACCUCACCUGGGCCCGUGGUCAGGUUGGCACACCGCAUGGCCCAAUCCAAGUCUCAUGGAGCAAGAAGGGUAGUAAUGGCUUCGAGCUUCAGGUAGAUACUCCCGCUGGGACUAGCGGUGUCGUUUGCGUACCGGUCACAGACUCCAAGAAAGACCAGGUUUUCGUCGAUGGACAUAAGGCAACUACAAUUGCCCUUUCUGGAGAGGGGGUUAGGAUCAUCAAGACUGGCGGUGGCUCCCAUGAAAUAUUGGUCAAAGCAUGA